ACUGGAGUGUAGAACAGGAAAAGGGAGGGGGACAGCUAGUUCAGAUAGCGGUUAGGACCAAAACGUAAAUAAAUAGGAUCCUAGGACAGUUAACAACGUGGGUCCUUGGGAUAUCGCCAUCGGAAACAUUCCGGUCACCGUUGGCGGCCUGGUCUGAGUCCUGGUGGCAUUUUAAAGCUGUUCCUUCUCACAAAAGCGGCGUGCCGAGGGAGGACGCGUCUCUUUGAGUAGACAGGAUGCACGGACCGCCCUCCGGCGACAGCGCAUGCCCAUUGCGCCUCAUCAAGAGAGUGCAAUUCGGCAUCAUCAGCCCAGAUGAGCUUAAACGGAUGUCUGUUACGGAAGGGGGGAUUAAGUACCCUGAAACCACAGAAGGAGGGCGUCCCAAACUUGGUGGCCUUAUGGACCCAAGACAAGGGGUCAUAGAACGAUCUGGAAGGUGUCAGACAUGUGCAGGUAACAUGACAGAAUGUCCAGGUCACUUUGGCCACAUAGAACUGGCCAAGCCUGUGUUCCAUGUGGGCUUCAUGACAAAGAUCAUGAAGGUUCUACGGUGUGUCUGCUUCUUCUGCUCCAAACUCCUCGUCGAUUCGAAUAACCCCAAGAUCAAAGACAUCCUAUCCAAGUCGAAGGGGCAGCCUCGGAAGAGGCUGACCCAUGUGUACGACCUGUGUAAAGGAAAAAACAUCUGUGAAGGCGGGGAGGAAAUGGACAACAAGUUCGGAGUAGAGCAGCAGGAGACCGAGGAGGACAUCUCUAAGGAAAAGGGCCACGGUGGCUGCGGGCGCUACCAGCCCCGCAUCCGCCGCUCCGGCCUGGAGCUGUACGCCGAGUGGAAGCACGUCAACGAGGACUCCCAGGAGAAGAAGAUCCUGCUGAACCCCGAGCGCGUCCACGAGAUCUUCAAGCGCAUCUCCGACGAGGAGGACGUCAUCCUGGGCAUGGACCCCAAGUUCGCCCGGCCCGAGUGGAUGAUCGUCACCGUCCUCCCCGUGCCUCCUCUGGCCGUCCGCCCCGCCGUGGUCAUGCAGGGGUCGGCUCGCAACCAGGACGACUUGACGCACAAACUCGCGGACAUCGUCAAGAUAAACAACCAGCUGCGCCGGAACGAGCAGAGCGGCGCGGCGGCCCACGUCAUCGCCGAGGACGUCAAGCUGCUCCAGUUCCACGUUGCCACCAUGAUUGACAACGAGCUACCGGGCCUGCCUAGGGCAAUGCAAAAGUCUGGCCGGCCGCUCAAGUCCCUCAAGCAGCGGCUGAAGGGGAAGGAGGGCCGUGUCCGGGGGAACCUGAUGGGGAAGCGUGUGGACUUCUCCGCCCGGACGGUCAUCACCCCCGACCCGAACCUGCAGAUCGACCAAGUCGGUGUGCCGCGGUCAAUCGCCGCCAACAUGACCUUUCCGGAAAUCGUGACGCCCUUCAACAUCGACAGGUUACAAGAGCUUGUGCGAAGAGGCAACAGCCAGUAUCCAGGAGCCAAAUAUAUCAUCCGUGACAACGGGGAUCGAAUCGACCUCCGGUUCCACCCCAAACCAAGUGACCUUCACCUCCAGAUUGGCUACAAGGUGGAAAGACACAUGUGCGAUGGAGACAUCAUCAUCUUCAACAGACAGCCCACGCUACAUAAAAUGUCCAUGAUGGGGCACAGGGUUCGAAUCCUGCCCUGGUCCACUUUCCGACUCAACCUCAGUGUGACCACCCCAUACAACGCUGACUUUGACGGGGACGAGAUGAACCUCCACCUCCCCCAGUCCCUGGAGACCCGGGCGGAGAUCCAGGAGCUGGCCAUGGUGCCUCGUAUGAUUGUCACGCCCCAGUCCAACAGGCCCGUCAUGGGCAUCGUGCAGGACACCCUCACGGCCGUUCGCAAGUUCACCAAGAGAGACGUCUUCUUAGAGAGGGGUGAGGUCAUGAACCUGCUGAUGUUCCUGUCCACGUGGGACGGCAAGGUGCCCCAGCCCGCCAUCCUGAAGCCCCGGCCCUUUUGGACCGGCAAGCAGAUCUUCAGCCUCAUCAUCCCCGGCCACAUCAACGUCAUCCGCACUCACAGCACCCACCCGGACGAGGAGGACAGCGGGCCCUACAAGCACAUCUCCCCUGGCGACACCAAGGUGAUUGUGGAGAACGGAGAGCUGAUCAUGGGGAUCCUGUGUAAGAAGUCUCUGGGGACCUCCGCCGGCUCCCUGGUCCACAUCUCCUACCUGGAGAUGGGCCACGACGUCACCCGGCUCUUCUACUCCAACAUCCAGACGGUGGUCAACAACUGGCUGCUCAUUGAGGGUCACUCCAUUGGUAUUGGUGACUCCAUUGCUGAUGCCAAGACAUACCUUGACAUUCAGAACACCAUCAAGAAAGCCAAACAGGAUGUGAUAGAGGUGAUCGAGAAGGCCCACAACAACGAGCUGGAGCCCACCCCCGGUAACACACUGAGGCAGACCUUCGAGAACCAGGUCAACCGUAUCCUGAACGACGCUCGUGACAAAACGGGUUCCUCCGCCCAGAAGUCCCUGUCGGAGUACAACAACUUCAAGUCCAUGGUGGUGGCCGGCUCCAAAGGCUCCAAGAUUAACAUCUCCCAGGUUAUCGCCGUGGUGGGGCAGCAGAACGUUGAGGGGAAGCGAAUCCCCUUCGGCUUCAAGCACCGCACGCUGCCCCACUUCAUCAAGGAUGACUACGGCCCUGAGAGCAGGGGCUUCGUGGAGAACUCCUACCUGGCCGGCCUCACGCCCACAGAGUUCUUCUUCCACGCCAUGGGAGGCAGGGAGGGGCUUAUCGACACGGCCGUGAAGACGGCCGAGACUGGUUACAUCCAGCGUCGUCUGAUCAAGUCUAUGGAGUCUGUGAUGGUGAAGUACGACGCCACGGUGAGGAACUCCAUCAACCAGGUGGUGCAGCUGCGCUACGGGGAGGACGGCCUGGCUGGGGAGUCGGUGGAGUUCCAGAACAUGGCCACGCUGAAGCCCUCCAACAAGGCUUUUGAGAAGAAGUUUAAGUUUGACUGCUCGAACGAGCGUGCCCUGAGGCGCACCCUGCAGGAGGACGUGGUGAAGGACGUGAUGACCAACGCUCUGGUGCAGAGCACCCUGGAGAAGGAGUUUGAGAAGAUGAAGGAGGACAGGGAGAUCCUCCGAGCCAUCUUCCCCACUGGGGACAGCAAGGUGGUGCUGCCUUGCAACUUGGCCAGGAUGAUCUGGAACGCCCAGAAAAUCUUCAGGAUCAACCCUCGUACGGCAACCGACCUCAACCCCUUGCGAGUUGUCGAGGGCGUGCAGGACCUGAGCAAGAAGCUGGUGAUCGUGAACGGGGAAGACCCGCUGAGCCGGCAGGCCCAGCAGAACGCCACGCUGCUCUUCAACAUCCACCUGCGCUCCACGCUCAGCUCGCGCCGCAUGACCGAGGAGUUCCGCCUGACCACCGAGGCCUUCGACUGGCUGCUGGGGGAGAUCGAGUCCAAGUUCAACCAGUCCAUCGCUCACCCAGGUGAGAUGGUGGGGGCCCUGGCCGCUCAGUCCCUGGGGGAGCCCGCCACCCAGAUGACCCUGAACACCUUCCAUUACGCCGGCGUGUCGGCCAAGAACGUCACCCUGGGCGUGCCCCGUCUCAAGGAGCUGAUCAACAUCUCCAAGAGGCCCAAGACGCCCUCGCUCACCGUCUUCCUGCUGGGCCAGGCGGCCCGCGACGCAGAGCGGGCCAAGGACAUCCUCUGUCGGCUGGAGCACACCACCCUGAGAAAGGUGACUGCCAACACGGCCAUCUACUACGACCCCAACCCCCAGAGCACGGUGGUGACGGAGGACCAGGAGUGGGUCAACGUCUACUACGAGAUGCCCGACUUCGACGUGACCCGCAUCUCCCCCUGGCUGCUCCGCAUCGAGCUGGACCGCAAGCACAUGACGGACCGCAAGCUCACCAUGGAGCAGAUCGCCGAGAAGAUCAACGCCGGUUUCGGAGAUGACUUGAACUGCAUCUUCAACGACGACAACGCUGAGAAGCUGGUGCUGAGAAUCCGGAUCAUGAACAGCGACGAAAACAAGUUCCAGGAGGACGAGGAAGUGGUGGACAAGAUGGACGACGACGUGUUCCUAAGAUGCAUCGAGUCCAACAUGUUGACAGACAUGACGCUACAGGGCAUCGAGCAGAUCAGCAAGGUGUACAUGCACUUGCCCCAGACGGACAACAAGAAGAAGAUCAUCAUCACGGAGGACGGGGAGUUCAAGGCCCUGCAGGAGUGGAUUCUGGAGACGGACGGCGUGGGCCUCAUGAGGGUCCUCAGCGAGAAGGACGUGGACCCCGUCAGGACCACCUCCAACGACAUCGUGGAGAUCUUCACGGUGCUGGGCAUUGAGGCGGUGCGCAAGGCGCUGGAGAGGGAGCUGUACCACGUCAUCUCCUUCGACGGCUCCUACGUCAACUACCGCCACCUGGCUCUGCUGUGCGACACCAUGACCAGCAGGGGUCACCUGAUGGCCAUCACCCGCCACGGCAUCAACAGGCAGGACACGGGCCCGCUCAUGAAGUGCUCCUUCGAGGAGACGGUGGACGUGCUGAUGGAGGCGUCUUCCCACGGGGAGAGCGACCCCAUGAAGGGCGUGUCUGAGAACAUCAUGCUGGGCCAGCUGGCCCCGGCGGGGACGGGCUGCUUCGACCUGCUGCUGGAUGCUGAGAAGUGCAAGUACGGCAUGGAGAUCCCCACCAACAUCCCCGGGAUCAGCGUGGCUGGACCCACUGGAAUGUUCUUUGGCUCUGCGCCCAGCCCCAUGAGUGGCAUGUCCCCUGCCAUGACCCCCUGGAACACGGGUGCCACCCCGGCCUACGGCGCCUGGUCCCCCAGCGUGGGUAGCGGGAUGACCCCCGGGGCGGCAGGCUUCUCUCCCAGCGCUGCGUCCGAUGCCAGUGGAUUCUCUCCUGGCUACUCUCCAGCCUGGUCCCCCACUCCUGGGUCUCCUGGCUCCCCAGGCCCGGCCAGCCCCUACAUCCCCUCCCCAGGAGCAAUGUCUCCAAACUACUCCCCCACCUCCCCCGCCUACGAGCCCCGCUCCCCAGGGGGCUACACCCCUCAGAGCCCCGGCUACUCCCCCACCUCCCCCUCCUACUCCCCCACCUCCCCCUCCUACUCCCCCACCAGCCCAAACUACAGCCCCACCUCGCCCUCCUAUUCCCCCACUUCUCCAUCUUACUCCCCCACAUCCCCCUCCUACUCCCCCACCUCCCCCUCCUACUCCCCAACAUCCCCAUCUUACUCUCCCACCUCCCCUUCGUACUCCCCCACCUCCCCCUCGUACUCCCCCACCUCUCCCAGCUACAGCCCCACCUCCCCCAGCUAUAGCCCGACAUCGCCCAGCUACAGUCCCACCUCUCCCUCUUACUCCCCCACCUCCCCCUCCUACUCCCCCACCUCCCCAUCUUACUCUCCGACAUCCCCCUCCUACUCCCCCACCUCCCCCUCGUACUCCCCCACCUCCCCCAGCUACAGCCCAUCCUCCCCCAACUACACCCCGACAUCCCCCAGCUACUCCCCCACCUCCCCCUCCUACUCCCCCACCUCGCCCUCCUACUCCCCCACCUCCCCCAACUACACCCCCACCUCCCCCAACUACUCGCCCACCUCCCCAUCUUACUCCCCCACCUCUCCAUCCUACUCUCCCUCCAGCCCUCGCUUCACCCCCCAGUCUCCCACCUACACCCCCAGCUCGCCUUCCUACAGCCCCAGCUCCCCCUCCUACUCCCCCACCUCCCCCAAGUACACACCCACCUCCCCCUCCUACAGCCCCAGCUCUCCAGAGUACACCCCCACCUCGCCCAAGUACUCCCCCACCUCGCCCAAGUACUCCCCCACCUCACCCAAAUACUCUCCCACCUCCCCCACUUACUCCCCAACAACCCCCAAAUACAGCCCUACCUCACCCACCUACUCGCCCACCUCGCCCACCUACACCCCUACCAGUCCCAAGUACUCUCCCACCUCCCCCACCUACUCUCCAACCUCUCCUAAGUACUCCCCCACCUCCCCCACCUACUCACCUACCAGCCCCAAAGGCUCCACCUACAGCCCCACGUCCCCUGGCUACAGCCCCACCUCGCCCACCUACAGCCUCACCAGUCCGGCCAUCAGCCCCGAUGACAGCGACGAGGAGAACAACUGAGAGAGCCUGGAGGAGAGGAGGCAGCUGAGGGGAUCCCCGCUGCCCUAAACAUGCAUCCCACACCUGGGGUGAACUACCGAAGGAUAAGCCCCUCUUCUCUACUGGAGGUGGUGCUUGGAAAUUCGACUUUCGAUGCAAAACUAAGGGGUUCCAUUUGUGAAACACUCUCUCCCCCACCACCCCCCCCCCCCCUUUGGACUGCUGUACCCCUAGCCUCUUACUCAUCUUAGGGGGAAGGGGGCUCCAGAGAUCUUUACUACUAUUGUAUUUGAUAGACUUGAACUGUUUAGCCAGGUGAAAAAAGGCUGCCUUUUCUGAAAUAGACCUUUUUUUGUUUUCCAGUUUUAAAUUUUCACGCAGGGUGUUUGAAAAAUGUAAGAGUGGAGUAGAAAGGAGAUGGUGGGGGGGGUUGGAAUGGAACACUGACAAGAUGGCCUCCUACCGGUAUAUAUUUCACUGCAUUUAGCUCUCUCACUAACUCAACUUCAGUGUUGGAUGUAUAGAGUUGUAUUGGAGAGCUCAAGCAUUGCCAAAAGCCUUUUGAAAAGCUACCAGUGGAUUGUAUUUAUCUCCUUAAUUAAAGCAUUUAAGCUUCCAAAAAAAAACAGUCAGGAGUUAGUUGAGAAAUUAUUGCAUAUUUUACUAAAAAUGUAUCUUUAGUAGUUUUUUUUUUUUUUUUUUUUCAAUUGUUUUUCUUAAAUGUAUAGUUGCUGACAGUUAUGGUUGGUGGAGGAACAUUGAGCUUUUGAUAUCAGAUGGUUGGGCCAGAGAUGAGAAACAUUAAUCAGAAGGAUAGCUUGUCUUACAAUUGAAGUUACUCUUGUGCAAUUCCAAACUGCUUUGGAUGCUUAUAGGAAGGGUGGCCUGAUUGAACUGAGCACAGCUGUGGAUUCGAAAAGCCACUCGGAUGUCGUCAUUUGAUGUGGAAACAGGAGCGAGAGAGGACAGUCUGCAGGGGGGGGAAGGGCGCAUGACAUUCUUCUGUGGCUAAGCCCACAUUUUUCUCUUUAUUCACAAAUGUCCUCUGCUUACAAAAUACCCUUUAACCCCUUCCUACCUAAACCCCAAAGACAAGCCUGAAAGAUGUCAAAAAACACCCACCAGCAUCCCUAACCUCCUUCAACAUUUGGAGAACUUAUACAAGACUGCAAAAAUUAUUUUUCUGUUUUUUCUUCUGUUUUUUGGAGGGGGCAGGAUUAGAAUCCUUUCCCCCUAAACACUAGGAUGGUUGAUUUCUCAAAAAAAAAAACGAAAUACUCAUUUAAUAUCAGGAUGUUGAUUCUAUUAUUUGGAUUCAAGGAGAUGGGGGCGUAGGUGUACGAGGGAUACUAGUUUAGCUUUGCUGCUUCUGUCAUAGUUUGCAUGAGCAGUACCUGUUAAUACGUUUUAAUCAAGUUUUAGGUUGGUACAUCGACUUUGAAUCCCUCCCAUUGUUCAAUAAUAUUUGUUCCGAUUCUGAUUAUCUCGCUAUUUGGACUUGCUAUUCAAUUUAUUUAAAAGAAAAAUGUAUUAUUCUGUGUGGAUAAGAAUAGAGGAAAACCUGUUAUUUUGUUGUUUUUGCUUUUUCUUUUGCUCUUUUUUUUUUUUUUUUUUGCUUCCGGUGACGACUUUGUGAAAUCUCUUUGCUAAGGCUUAUGUUCAGGUACUGUGGAUAGAAGCGUUUAGAGAGGGAAAGGAGAACGUUUCCCACUCUUGCCUUGGAGUUCAUACCCUUAUUAUUUCCUUAUAGCCUUUCCACUCGACCAUGUCAGGUCAACCAAACCAAAUGUCUGCCCAAGUUCUCCAGCCAUUGUUCUAAAUGUUGCAUGCAGUUGUUUGCGAGGCGUCAUUCUGUAAAUAUGUUACUGCUGAAGUGGUUCCCCUGUGUAGGCAGAAAGGCAAAGUUCAGGUAGAAGUUACGCUCUUGAACACUGGGGGGCGAUACAGGCCUCAUCUGGGGUAGGUGAUGGAAACUUUUGUUCAAAGAGGAAACUGAUUCAAUUGAAGGAUUUUUAGGCAGACACCAUCAAAACGUAACUUUUGACUUUAUUCAUAUAAACGUCCUACCCACUACAUUAGUGCAAUUUUGUGAAUCCUUUUACAUCUAUUUUGAAAAUGUAUCAAGCAUAGACUUAGUUUCAUUUCUGGGAGCUUUUACAUGCAGGUUUGGUAAAGGGAAGCUAGUGUUUGAUUCUUCGGCUUGAUUGACAAUGGAGCACAGAUACUUUCCCUUUUCUUGGUUCCACCCAAGCAAUAGGACAGGAAAUGUGACAUCUUUUCCCAACUUUUUAUUGGAAUUGCGGGGUCUCCUCCCUCUCUCCCCUCUUCAUCCACAAGUGUCCCUGAUCGUUUCUGAAAUCAGUGUUUGUCCUUUUUCUACCAGUGUAUGUACCUGUGAUUUGGGGAAUCUCGGGGUGGGCUUGGGGAGGGAGUACCGAAUAGGUCCUGGGAGUCCUCAGACAGUUGAAGUUCUGUCCCUGUGGAAUUUCUUGAACUGCACUGUCUGGUUCAUGGUCGGAAAAAUUUCGACUUUAUUUCUGUUUCCUGUUUUAAUUCCCAUCGACCAAAUGUUUCCCGUGGCUCUUGAAUUGAUUGGACUGCCUGCUGCAUUGGGGGAAAACACGGGCUUAGCCAGUGUUGGAUGUAAAUGGGUAGUCACUACAAUUUUCAUCUAGCACAUUCAUAUCCUAUAGUUGUUGUCCAGUUAAUUCCAGAAACCGGGACUCCCAGUUGUGUGCAUGUGGAUGAAAGUGUGUGUGAAUGUUUUGACAGGUGAGCGCAUGUGUCAGUGAUGAGACAGGGUUUUCAUGGGUUGGAGAGCAACCGGGACAGAAUGUCUGGGGAUAGAAGGUUUAAAUUAAAAAAAGAAAUUGCCACUGUAUAAAAAAUCAAUUCAAUAUUUCAUUCUCUGUAUCUUUUUUGUUUUUUUGACUUUGAAAAAAAAAGAAUAAAAAAUUUUACUACA